AUGUUAUAUCCCUGUUCUAAGUGCGGGAAAAUGUUUUCUCAGACAAAACUAGACUUUACAUAUAUCAGAGAUCUAACACAGGUGAAAAGCCAUAUGUCUGUCCUGAGUGCGGGAAAUACUUUUCAGUGA